AUGGAGGAUAUGGGUGUCAGGCAUCCCAAGGCCUUUCAUCAGAGCGGCGGGCAGACCUCCACUGUAGGAGAAGUGAAGAAACUGGGCGGCAGCACAGGAAGAUUUGCCAACGCCACAUUAGUGCGUCUAUCUGAGUUUCUGAGUGCGGGGUAUAAGAAGGGAGUGAGGCCAGUGAAGGACUGGAGGACGUCCACUAUAGUGGCCAUAGACCUCAUGGUUUACUCCAUCCUCAAUGUGGAUGAGAAGAACCAGGUUUUGACAACAUAUGUGUGGUACAGACAGUCUUGGACAGAUGAAUUCCUGGUCUGGAACCCAGAAGACUUUGAUGAAGUCAAACAAGUUUCUUUACCCACUGCUAAUGUGUGGGUGCCCGACAUCCUCAUCAAUGAGUUUGUAGACGUGGGGAAGUCUCCAGACAUACCUUACGUCUAUGUGACUCAUGACGGACUGGUGCGUAACUACAAGCCCAUCCAGGUGGUCACAGCCUGCACUCUCAACAUCUACAACUUCCCAUUUGAUGUCCAGAAGUGCAGCCUCACCUUCCAGAGUUGGCUACACACCAUUGACGACAUCAACAUCACCCUGAUGCGAAGCCCCGAGGAGCUCAGGGAGGACAAGAGUGUCUUCAUGAACCAGGGAGAGUGGGAGCUGCUCCAUAUUCUGUCCAACUACAAGAUCUUCAGUGUGGACAAUGACGACUAUUACGCUGAGAUGAAGUUCCAUGUGGUGAUCCGGCGGCGACCGUUGUUCUACACCGUGAACCUGCUGCUGCCCAGUAUCUUCCUGAUGGUGAUGGACAUUGUGGGUUUCUACCUGCCACCAGACAGCGGAGAGCGGGUUUCCUUCAAGAUCACACUGCUGCUGGGCUACUCUGUCUUCCUCAUCAUUGUAUCCGACACUUUGCCUGCCACCGCUAUAGGAACCCCGCUGAUAGGUGUAUACUUCGUGGUUUGCAUGGCCCUCCUGGUGAUCAGCCUCACAGAAACCGUGCUGAUUGUGCGUCUGGUGCACAAGCAGGACUUGCAGACCCCUGUCCCCCACUGGGUGAAGUACCUGGUGCUGGAAAGGGCUCCGGUCCUCUUCUGCAUCCACAAGAAGCACCGGCUCUGCUCCAGACUGUCCUCCCAGGCCUCCGACCUGGAGCACUACAAGGACAACAACUAUGGGACCGCCCAGUGCACCCUCCACCACACCUGCGAGAUAGGCCGAAGGCUCAGCCAGCACGACAGAGAAGGUGGGCUGCUCGGACUGGGGCUGCCCCCCUCCAGAGACCCCACACCGCCUGUCAUGGACAACAUCCUGCAGGAAGUGACAGCGAUACGCCACUUCCUGGAGAAGAGGGACAGGUGCCGGGAAGUUGCCAAGGAGUGGCUGCAGGUCGGCUACGUGCUGGACGUGCUGCUCUUCAGGGUGUACUUAGUGGCCGUGGUGGCCUACAGCAUCACACUGGGCACGCUGUGGUCAGUGUGGCAGGUCGCCUGA